AUGUCCCUGGAAGAAAAGGUUGCCCUCUUUGCUGCGUGGACGAUGUCCGAUGGCGAGGAUGGCGACCAAGCACGAGAUGGACAACGAGACGACGACUUGGACUCGGACGAGCGUGAACAUCGUCGAAAGAGCCGUGCUUUUGCGGCUGCGGCAGCCUUGAAGAGAGCGGCCAGAGAUGGCGACAACACGGCGGAGACAUCCGGCCGCGGCAGUGCUUCAGUCGAACCGGCAGCCAUCCGACCAGUCUCGAGCCCGUUACCGUCCUCUGAUGCUUCUACCAGCACAAAGGAUCUGAAGCGAAAGAGAGGGGCCUCCAACACGAGUCCAGAAGGCGACACAUCUAGGUCCAGCGGCAUCUUUGACGGCCUCGCAUUCUACUACAUUCCCAAUGCCAACCUUGGCCCACGGAAGCUGCGCAUUGCCAAGGCACGCCAGAACGGCGCCCAAUGGGUGCAGCACAUCAGCGAGGCCACACACGUCAUCGUCGACAAGAAGCUGUCGUGGAAGGACAUACAGGUUGUGCUUCGAGACGGCACGGCGACGCAACCAUCGAUAUUGGUCAACGAAGAAUACCCCCUCGACUGCAUCAGGUUCCGCCGGCUGCUCAAUUUAGACCAGGGACGGUAUUACAUUCGAGGCAGCCCUGCAUCAACAAAAGCAGCGACUGCGACGACCAAGGCCAGCUCACAGCGACAAGAAGCACGGUCCGACGACAGAACGCAUCCGAUCAAGAGACAGCAUUCACGACACUAUCGGCCCGUCACCCCGUCUCCGCCACAAGAAGAGUCGUGGGCCAAGAAGCAGCGAAGGCAGAAGACGGACUGA